AUGAACAGUGUGCAUGGGGAGCAGGUGGAGCACAAAAACUCGACCGCACGUCUCGUAGCAGCCGCCGGGCGCCAGUCGACACCGUACGGCGAGGAUGAAGAAGUCUGCGGCGUUUGUUUAGAGCAGCCGAUGGAAGGCUGUUUUGUGGAGUUGUGGUGCUGCGGCAAUGUGUUGUGUGUUGGCGAUGCGCAGCUGCUGGGGACAUGCCCUUUUUGCCGGAAUGAACCACUCAUCUGGAGCAUCACGAAGUGA